GAAAUGCGGAAUUCGGGGAGGGCGCGCGCGCUAGGGCUGUUGGAGGGUGGUCCGGCUCACAGGUCCUGACUGGGAAGAAGUCGGCAGGUCCUGGCAGGGGAGAGCUUUGGCGGUGACAACUCGGGGUAUAGGCGGCUUUAACGGGAUGGAGUCGCGAGUCGCGGGCGCCCAGGCCGGCGAGGCUGAGCGAGCUGUGGGCGAAGGCCCAGCAGACGGCGGCGCCUCUCGGGGGCUUCAAGUCUCGGAGCCCUUGGGAGCCGCCCGGUGGAAGCUCCUGCGGCAGGUUCUGAAGCAAAAGCACCUGGAUGAUUGCCUGCGACAUGUAUCUGUAAGAAGAUUUGAAUCAUUUAAUCUGUUUUCAGUAACAGAAGCCAAAAAAAGGGUAAAUGAAGAGGAAGUUGGUGCAUGGGUCCGAUAUACAAGUGUCUUCUAUCCUGAGUACAGUGUUUCUUUAAG